AUGCCCAAUACAUCGGCCGACCUUGCGGUAGCCAGGGUGACCAAUCCGUCGAUAUCCAGCCACAGCGGUGAAGGAGGCGAACAUAUUCCCGUCUUCGUGAUCCCUCUCUGGCCCGGCCUCCGGGCCGCGAUGUUGCCCCUCAAGGUUGGAAAGGCAUACCACUUCGAUACUCACGGCGAUUUGACUCUCAAAGUUGGUGGAAAUCGUUCAGCCUACGACUUUCUCGUCUGUUCGCGCACACUCGGCCGCAGUUCGCCCGUCUUUCAGGCCAUGCUGUUCAGCGGCUUUGCUGAAUCCAAGCCUGCAGAUGGCUCCGCCUGGAACGUCCAACUUCCCGACGACGACCCUUCUCCCAUUUUACUCGUCUUGAGCAUCAUUCACGGCCAUUUCCAUCAUGUCAUCCGGGACCUCAAGGAAUACCAACUUCACGAACUUUUAGUUGUGACAGAGAAGUACGACAUGACCAAGAUUCUGUACCCUUGGGCUUCGAGCUGGUUCGCUCCCUAUAAGGAAAGAAGUCUUAUCAACAAUCAAGCCUCAUUUUCCCUCGUUUGGUCAUCUUGGGAACUUGGACACAAAGAAGCCUUUUGUAGGUUUGCGAGAGGCAUAAUGCUCCAGCAGCCGAUCAAUGUCGAGGGGGAGCUUGUGACGGAUGAAAUCACUUUGAGUCGUCUGAGCGAUUCGCCAUUCCUCCAGCCUCCUGGACUUCUUGAGAGUAUCGCCCAGGGUAGGAAAGUCCUGAUAGGUGAUAUCACAACCUUACUCUACAAUACGAUCCAGAGACUGUACACAGCUCCCUCGUGCAAUGGGAAGCCAACCGUUCGAUGCAAUGCCUGUGGAUGCAUCGUCGGCCACGGUGAUAUUUCUCAUUCAACAUCGUGUAUCAAAUGCAAAUGCAAUCGGGGAACGACGAAGGGUUUCCAUCUGUCACAAAGACUCUGUGGGGAUUUGGUCUUCGGCUCUCUUUCCAAGCGCGUCGCAGGUAUUGGCCUGAAGGAUGUGGCCUUUCUGGAGACACCCACGCCUGAAUGCCUGCUAAGUGUCAAUCAACUUUCCACGGAGAUACAGGCGAUGACCAUCGAUCUUCCCGAAGAGCACAAGGAGUGCAAUCCUCUGCCAGCGCUGAAGGAUGAAAUGCAAAAGCUGGUGGAGUGUGUCUCUGCCCCCAUCACGGAUGCGCACAUCCUAUACCUAGACAACCAGGCGAAGAAGACCGGCAUCCAAGGCAUGAACGCAGGAAUUUCUGAUUCUCCUCGUUUACAUACGGUGCUCUUCCCGGCCGCCGACUCUAUACCGAGCACGACUCGGCAACCCGCCCCAUGUCAAACACUUCACGGACCACCACUAAUUGUUAAUCAAAGUGCCUCAUCUCGCCUUCCCCGCUUCCCCAAAAUCGAACCUCGAACUCAUUAUACAACAGUUCAGAGAAGUCGCAAACAUGUCGAGAGAAGAAACGAUCAUAAAUGCAGACAUUUUCAAGGAAGACAAACCCCCGUGCUCCAGCCCUUCUGGGAGUGCCUUAAGCCCGCCACCUCGACGAUUGAGUGCGGAAAGGCCUUCAGCUUCGACCCGAUUGGGGAUCUGACACUUAGAGUUGGCGAGGAUGGAGUCGCCUACGAAUUCGUCGUCUGUUCUCGAACACUCUCUCGGUGGUCACCAGUGUUCCGCACCAUGCUCUUCGGUGGCUUCGCAGAGUCAAGGCCUGCUGACGCUGCGUGGAGCGUCAGCCUACCCGAGGACCUUCCCUCAGCCAUGUUCCUUGUCCUGAGCAUUAUCCACGGCUGCUUCGAGCAUGUGCCAACAUCACUGAGUCAAUUCGAACUGUACCAGACGCUGGCCGUGACGGAGAAAUACGACAUGACAAAGAUAGUGCGGCCAUGGGCGGCUCAGUGGUUUAAGCCAUGCAAGAAGAUUUCUUCAAUCAAGGGCAACGAGAUACUUCUCUGGGUUUCCUGGGAACUCGGAUACGCAGAGAACUUCCGCUCGCUUGCAAAGGACCUUCUUCUCAGCUCCUCGGUCAACGACGAGGGACAGCUAAUUGGCCACGAUGGGGUCGCCCUUAGCACAUACAGCUGUUUAGAGCCACCCGGAAUCCUCGAGACAGUCACAAAGCACAGGCAAGAGCUUGUCAGCCAAAUGAUCAAAGCCAUUUACAGUAUGACUGACGUGGCGCUCAAUCAGCCAAAAUGCCGGGGUUUGGCUCAGUACUGCGAAUGCCCAGAAUGCAAAACAAGGUACAACAUCACCACAAAAUUCCGCUCAACAUGUACUAGUUGCAAGAAGCCAGGUGCCGCCGAAGGAUGGGUGGCUCUGGAUAUUCUAUCGUUGACUUUGCCAGCAUACAUGUGCAACACUCUGGUAUUCGGCUCUGUUAUCAAGCAAGUUAAGAAAGUGAUGGGGCAAGAAGUGGCGUUGAUGAAGACGCCGACACCUCACAUUAAAGCUUUGCUACAGUCGAUCAACGCUAUGAGAAUUAGCCUCCCCGUGGAGCAUUUGCAUUGCAAUCCAUUGCCAGCCAUGCAGACCAAAGUUCAAAGCUUGGUAAAGAAAGCUAAUUCUCCGGUUACAGAAAUGCACUUGGAGUACCUGAGGAACCAAGCGGUGAAAACUGGCCCAAUCGGCAGACUUCUGCCAGUGGCGACAGCAACACUCCUCCCGAAGGCCCGACUUACAACUCAAUGCCGGCAAUCAAAUUUCUCCUCAUUUCAACGUCAAACUCGCCCAUACUCAAGCCAUUCUCCUGAGAAAACAGAGCAUCCGAUUCCGAAAUGGACACCGCCGAAGGACCCCACUUCUCGGCCCGUAGUAGUUCUCGGAGCGGGGGUCCUUGGUCGCCGGCUCGCGGUAAUGUGGGCCUCGACUGGUCGGCCCGUCAUUUUGCAGGACAUCAAUGAGAAGGCGCUCUCGUCUGCUGUCGUCUACGUCGGUGACGCCCUGACGACUGUUUGCGCGGUCCGCGAGUCACAUCCCGGCCGCGUCACGACGAGCACUGUCCUCGAGGAAUCUUGCGGCGCCAACCCCUGGAUGGUCAUCGAAGCACUGCCUGAAGACCCCGAGAUCAAGCGCGAGAUGCUUGGAAAGGUUGACUCGCUCGUGCCAGAAGACUGCAUCAUUGCCUCCAACAGCUCAACAUGGCCGACAUCGGCAUUGCGAACGUUGAUCUCUCGCCCGGAACGUCUCCUCAACACGCAUUAUCAUCUUCCACCACGUAACACCUACGUGGAGCUGAUGACCUGCGGAGCCACCGACAAGGAUCUCAUGCCCUUCUUGAAAGAGCAGAUGCGGAGCGUAGGCUUCAACCCGCUUGCGUUGCCCCAUGAGUCAGUCGGCUUUGUUUUCAAUCGCAUCUGGUCUGCAGUCAAGUCAGACACCCUGCGUGUCCUUCAGGCAGAGCUGGCUUCGCCCCGAGACAUCGACGCGCUGUUCCGAGACUUCUUCCACGCCGAGAAGGGACCUUGCGAGAAGAUGGACGAAGUUGGCCUGGACACGGUAUGGCAGGUGGAGCGGAACAGGGUGAACAUGGGCGUCGUGGAUCCGAAGAAGGCGGGGUACACGGACUGGCUGGAGGAGAACUACAUCUCAAGAGGAAGGUUGGGAGAGAAGACCGGAGACGGACUCUAUUCUGCGGAAGAAAGAAGGUUGUUGGCCCAAAAGAGAGCAUUGGCAAAGAAGUCUUAUCUGAAAAAGAAGAGAUGUACAGGAUCUCCUCGGACGGAUGCAAUCGCCGAGUUCUUAUCUGCACAGGAAGCCACCGCAGCCCUCCAAUCCGAAUGCCUUUGGCUGCUUCUUACUUAUGAAUCGAUCCGCCUCAGAGAUGAAGGAUCGCAGGUUGACGGAACGCAGCCGCAAGCGACAGACACCCUCGACGACCAGGGCAUCCCCACUACAACAUCAUCAGCUGCAGAUGAUGAGGCAGACAGCCACACCAUGCAUGACGAUGCCGCCUUCAUCUCGCCCCCCUCUGCGGCUUUGGCGUUCAAGGGUGCCAGCUGGGACUGCCUUGGAGAUGCAAUGAAGUCCCUUUCUUGUGGCAAGGCCUUCUACUUCGACUCACGUGGCGACUUGGUUCUGAAGGUGGGCGAAGCCUUUCACGAAGACGGAAGCACAUUCGUCGUUUGUUCGAGGACUGUUGCGCGAUGGUCCAAGGUCUUCAACGCGAUGUUCUUUGGCAGGUUCGCGGAGUCUAUCCCUUCAGCUCGCGACGGCACGUGGACAGUUGCACUGCCUGAGGACAGGGCGGCUCCCGUCUUUCUCAUCCUGGCGAUCAUUCAUGGCCCUCACCAGCCCAUACCGACGGUUUUGGGACGCGAUGAGCUCUUUGACCUCUUGAUAGUGACAGAGAAGUACGAUAUGACACAUGUUCUACGACCGUGGGCUUCUAAGUGGAUUCCGAAUUUACCCCUCGAUAACUCUGAGAACACUACGGGACAAUACCGCGACGUGUGGAUUGCCUGGGAGCUGGGUUGCGAAGCUAGCUUUUGCAAGAUGCUCAAGGACAUCUUGUGGGACUGUCGCGUGGACGAAUCUGGUCAGCUCAUUAACGUCCACAGUGUGCCUCUGAACACAAUUCCAUGCCUGGAGCCCUCCAGUAUUCUUGAGAACAUUUCCAUCAAGCGAGCAGAACUCAUAGAGCGGAUGAUCAACUGUCUCCGCCGGGCAAUGCAGGACUCCCUUACAAUGAGUCGCUGCGCGGAAGAACUUGCAGAGAUACGCCAUUGCAAUUGCUCUGACGUUAACUUCGGAAAUCGAUCCGUCUUCUUAACAAAAGAGGACUGCGACGACCUAUUUCUUGGCAGAAUUAUUCGCCGUAUUCGAGAGAUGAGAUUGGAGGAGUUUGUUCUGCCGCGCGCCACCUUCUCUUCGUACCUCGGAAGUAUUCAUGAUCUAUCGGAUUUAAUCAUACUCGAAGAGGUUGACGGGCACGUUGAGGGCCAUGAUAGUUGUGACCUCUGGAUUGAUGUCCAAAUAGAAGUUGAGCAGAUGGUCGACGAGUUGCCGUCCCCGGUCACGGAGAUGCACCUUGAAUACCUGCGAAACCAGGCCAAGAAGACAGUCCACGAACCAUUGGGCAACAUUUUUGGUCCGUCAUCAGCAUUUAUGAAGGAGAAGAGCAAGAAGACAUGGAGCCUAUCACUGAACUUCAGCUACAUCGAAGAUCCAGCCAUCUGGGAAUGUAUCAAACCAGCCAUGGAAUCACUCGCUGGCGGGACUGCUUUCUACUUUGACUCUCGUGGUGAUUUGACUCUGAAGGUUGGAGACAGCAGUGAUCAGAAGCUGUGUGUGUACGAAUUUGUUGUGUGCUCAAGGUCCCUUGCACGGUGGUCUUCCGUCUUCCGUGCGAUGCUGUUCACUGGUUUCGCUGAGUCGCGGCCGAAGGACGAUGCUCCAUGGACGAUCGAAAUGCCAGAAGACUCUGUUUCUCCCGUCUUUAUACUUUUGAGUAUUGUGCAUGGACACUUCCAACACAUACCCAAGAGCCUUCCGCAGGACCACCUCUACCAGUUAUUGGUUGUUACCGAGAAGUACGAUAUGACGCAGACUCUAAGUCCGUGGGCUGUAACAUGGUUCCAACCAUACGCUGCCACGAACACAUCAUCAACCGAUGGGGAAGAGAUUGUCAUGUGGAUCUCGUGGGAACUUGGUCAUGAAGAGACUUUUUGCAAUUGGGCAAAGAAUUUGUUGCUCAAGUCGAAAAUCAAUGACGAGGGAGAGCUACUUGACAGCAACAGCAUCGCUCUGAACACCUACACGUUCCUCGAGCCUCCGGGAAUCCUCGCUCUUGGAUUAGUUAAUUGCUCAUACGUGACGACGAUAGAGACGAUCGCCUCGACCAGAGCAACGGUCAUUCACGAGAUGACCAGAGUGCUCUACGACGCUAUCGAGGUUGCACUGAAGAAUGGCACGUGCCAAUGCCCAAAUAACGGUGGAUGUAGUUAUUAUGAUGGCUACGGCUCUCGUCGCGGACGGUCGAUGACAUCGGAUCAAUGCAUCAGGCUGGUUCUCGGCUCCCUCAUCCACCAAGUUCACAAGAUUGGCCUGCAGGAUGUGGCACUUUUGCAGAGCGCCACGCCUAAGUAUCUCGGAAGCAUCAACGACCUAUCGUCGGCGAUUCAAUCGAUCCAGUUCUCGUUGGAUGAACAGAAUCACAAUUAUUGCAACCCAUUGCAUAAUAUUAAGGAUAAGGUCGCGAGUCUUCUGGCUAACAUCGAAUCCCCUGUGACUGACAACCAUUUGGAAUACUUGCGACAUCAAGCGAAGAAAACUGGUAUUUGA